AUGGUUUUAUUCCCGGCAGAUCCUGCGUCACCCAGCUGGUCCAAGUUCUCAACUGCAUUGGCUCGUUGCUGGAUUCUGGCCUGCAAACUUCAACAUUCGCUCAUCAUUUCCAGAUUGCGGCAAUUUAACAUCUCCGGGAGUUUGCUGAGCUGGUUCACCUCUUAUCUGAGUGACCGAAAACAACGAGUGACAGUACUUGGUGCAACAUCUCAAGAACGUGUGGUAACGUCGGGAGUUCCCCAGGGCUCGAUCCUAUGGCCAGUACUUUUUCUCUUAUAUGUGAACGAUCUGCCCAAGGCUGUGUUGUCAUCAAAAGUGGCUUGCUUCGCUGUUGACACGAAAGCCCUGAAGAGAGUUGAAAGUCAACAACAUAGCGUUGAUCUUCAAAGUGACAUCGACAACCUCAACUCUUGGGCCACACUCAAUGGGUUGACGUUCAAUGAUACGAAAU